UCUGGAAGCAUCGUAAGGAACGUCACGGACCGCCACCACCAGCAGGUGACGCGGCACCCCGAACCCGUCCGCCCGUCAAGCCCACUGAUCGACAUGGACCACCUGUCCCCGAAUGCCAGCUGCUGUCCUGACCGCAACUUUUGCGGCCGCAGCGCUCGCGGGAGCGCGAAAGGAGACCGCGAGCCGCCCGUACAACCGCUAGACUUCUCCCUCAAGAGCGCAGCGGCGUCCUCCUGUUCCUCGCCGUUGUCCCCCGUAGACGACCGGAGGCCGUCUCCGGACAGCGUUUCUCUCGGCGCCGCCUGCUCGCACCCAGAAGCGUCGAACCCGCUGCCGUCCCCGGAGUUACAUCAUCGUAACCCGUUGCUGCUGAUACCUCGCACGACGACGAACACGCCCGCCUCAACGUCACCGCCGGCCCCGUUCCAGAACGGAUACGGCCGGCGGCCGGCGACCACGCCCCUGCAGUUUCAUCCGUCGGUCAACGCGUCUACUAGCCCGCCGCCGAGUGCCUCGUCAACGACGAGCAAGUGCGAGCGACUCGGCAUGGAUCUGUACAGCGUUUCCGACCAGUUCUUGCCUGCGGCUCCAGCUACGACGACGGGUCUCCACCACGCCGUCCAGGCGGCCGAAGCGGGGUCCGCGGUGUUUCCCGACACCUGCCUGCGGGCCGAGUUCGUGAAAGGAUGCCAAGAAGGACACCACACGGGCUCGAGGACGACGGGCUCUCCAUCUGGCGCCGCCGGCUAUGCGCGCCAGCUAGCCACGACGUCGCCUCCGCCACUGAGCAACGGCGCCGCGACGUGCCGUGCCGACAACGGUGAAGAAGGCGACCCGACGUCGCCGGAGAACAGCAACUCGUCCGUUUCGACCAUCACCAAUGGCGACACAUCUACCAGCGGGCCCGUCGCCAACGGCGAAACUGCUAAGCACGGAGGAGCACUCACCGCCAACGGAGGCGUCGUCGCCGCAACCGGUGGCCCCCCGAACGGCGGCCCCACCCGCAACCGGCAGCGACGCCCCCGCCUACCCAAAUACGAGGACAGUGCGUACAGGGAACGACGCCGCAGGAACAACGAGGCCGCCAAGAGGUCCCGGGAUACCCGAAAGGCCAAGGAGAAACUGACUGCUAUGCGGGUUGCCUUCCUGGAACAGGAGAACGCGAGGCUCCACUACGAGAUCGGUAGUCUCCAUGCGAAGCUGAACCUUCUGCUGCAACCCGUGUACCGGAACCUGUUCUCCCAACAGCUCCAGCAGCAGACACACCUGCAGUCAUUCCCGCCCGCACACGUCUACGGCCCUGUAACACCUGUGCAGCCUGUGGUGCUUGAAGGACGUCGGGGCAGGUCAACUAUGGCGGUGCGCGACCAUUAAGGAGGCAGCUUGGACUAUGCGCGAAAUAUGCCGUGCCUUCAGAGACGGGCAGAAUAAAGAUUUAUUGUAGUAGAGGUUAUAGUAUAGCAUUAAUGAGGGGGUGGCAGG